UUUUCUACUGUUCGCAACAAUCGGUAAGAAAAAUAUCUAACAUUAGUAAUACGAACGCCCGUCAGAGGGCACUAGGAGGCAAUGACUUCGCGAGCGAAAACAGAAAAGAAAACCGAUAAUGAAUGUCAAACUCAGUUAAACUGUACUACUUUCCUCCUACAAUAUUUCCUCAAUUUUACAAACAAGAAAUAAAAUUGAUUACGUGGAAUUUAAUGAAGUUAAUUUAAAUAAUAUACACGAAAUAUUCGGAGGAAAAAGAAUUGUAAAUGAAGUGGAGAUAGUUUGAAAUUAAAAAAAUUGUGAAUGUGUGACAUUUGGGCCUUCUUAACAAUAAUAUACAUUAUAUUAAAUAGUCAUGAAGGAUUCAAGAGAAAAUCGUCAAGUUUUAACAAUAUUAUUUCUCUGUAUAUUGUGGUACAUUAUUUCUAGUUCGAACAAUGUUGUGGGGAAGAUGUUGUUAUCGGAGUUUCCAUAUCCAAUGACAGCCACAAUGAUUCAACUAACCUCAAUCACACUUUAUUCAGGUCCAUUUUUUAACCUUUGGGGAGUACGAAAAUAUUCAAAUGACAUAACCUGGGGUUAUUAUUUUCGUUUAAUUGUACCUUUAGCACUAGGCAAAUUCCUCGCCAGCGUAUUCGGCCACGUCAGCAUUUGGAAGGUGCCUGUUUCUUAUGCUCAUACUGUAAAGGCGACAAUGCCUUUCUUCUCAGUGCUGCUCUCGAGGAUAAUUCUACGUGAAAAGCAAACAUGGUCUGUUUACUUGAGUCUGAUGCCAAUUGUUGGAGGAGUUGCAAUAGCAACUUUAACCGAAUUAAGUUUCAACAUGUUGGGACUUAUCAGCGCCUUAGUUUCAACGUUGGCGUUUUCAUUACAAAAUAUUUAUUCAAAAAAGGUUCUACAUGAAACGGGAAUUCAUCAUUUGAGGCUUCUUCUCGUUUUAGGUCGCUUAGCAUUAUUUAUGUUUCUUCCAGUGUGGUUAAUGUCAGAUUUUCGAAGUUUGCUGCAUAAUCCAGAGACAGGUACAGCAGUUGAUGUGAAUUCGAGAAUUUUAGGACUUCUUGCACUUGACGGUGUUUUAAAUUGGUUACAAAAUAUUGUUGCCUUUUCGGUAUUAUCAAUUGUUUCGCCAUUAACAUAUGCUGUGGCAAGUGCAAGUAAACGAAUAUUCGUUAUUGCUGUGACUCUACUUGUAUUGGGAAAUCCUGUAACAGGAUUAAAUGUCUUUGGAAUGACAUUGGCUAUAUUGGGUGUUCUUUGUUACAAUAAAGCCAAAUAUGAUCAGCGAAAAGUUGAAAAAAAUUCAAAGACACUUCCUCAAUAUCAAAAAUUAAAUCAGAAUGGCCACAAUAAUUUUAUGAUUAAUGGAACGGCCAAAGAAUUACAUAGACUUUAUGCAGUUUAGCGUAUUUAAAUUAUAAUAUAUUUUUUAUGAUACCAUAGUUCCUCUUUUUGACGAUGUAUUUUAAGAAACUAUUUUCUAAAUAUUGAUUGUCAAAUAAAGACUGAUCGCUGGUUCGAUCAUUUUUUUUUUGCAUUUCAUUUUACAGUCAUUUGAAUUUUAUAAAAUUGAAGAUUUAGAAAAACUGACGGAAAUAAAUAUUUAUAGAAAAAAAGUUAUAGACUGUAAAAUGUAAUUGCAGAAAAGUUAGGUGAAAAUUAACAUCAUUUUAAUUAUAAUGACUUUUAUUUUCUCGUGCAUUAGAGAAAAUUAGCAAUAUUGUACAGAUUGAAAGUAUGCAAUUUUUUUUUUUUCUAGGAUAUGUAUGCGGGAGAAAGUGUUUUAGGUAAAAAUAAUGUAUUAUACAUAUAUUUUUAUAAAUAAACCCACGUGUACAAAAAUAUAA